AUGCAAGCCCAGAAAAAGAAGCUCCCUGACCGAGAGCAGAAAGCCAUAAAGAUCCAGGCCUGGUGGCGGGGCACUCUGGUGCGCAGGACAUUACUGCACGCAGCACUCAGAGCAUGUAUGAUUCAGCACUGGUGGAAGGUGAUGCUGGCAAAGCUGCUGGAGAAGAGAAAACGAGCAGCCCUAGAGUUUUAUGCACAGCAAGAAUGGGCAGUGGUCAAGCUGCAGUCCUUGGUCCGCAUGUGGCUCACUCGCCAGCAAUACUGCCGGUUGCUCCACGCGGUCCGCAUCAUCCAGGUGUAUUGGCGCUGGCAUAAUUGCCACACCCGUGGCUUUUUCCAUGGCAGCUAUGACCUCACGGCAACCCAUCUGGGACUUGAACUUGAGAUUUUUUUGGGGUCACAGAUAUGUCGGAUUACAGACUGCAUCCCCUUCCCAAUAAAGAACUGA